AAUUUAAGAAAAACUGUUUAGAUUAGUUUCGGUACAUCCAUGAUCCUGAGCAAUGAUGAUCCAGGAAGGAUGGAACCUGAUGUAGAUCUCAAACUAGAUAAGGUUUUUCCGGAGGAGUAUCAGAGAAAACUUUUCUGGAGAGAACUAUACAGUUCUCCGGUGGCGGAAACCUACUCGGAGUUAAGCAGGUUCAGAGUUUCUGAGACCUUGAAUAAUCCAGAGAGAGGGAUCCAUGCUGAUUUUAUAGAGGCCCAAGAGGACCCAGAGCUUGCUCUUUGCUACGGAAUAUUCGGAAAUGAAAACUUCGGUCAGGAUGAAAGUAAAAAGGAUUCUAAACCUUUCUUUGAAUGUGAUAUAUGCUCUAAAAAGUUUUCUAAACAAUAUAAUUUAAAAGAGCAUAAGAGGAUCCACACCGGAAACAAACUGCUGUGUGACGUGGUAGGAUGCAACACAACCUUCAACGAUAAAUCUUCGUUGAACAAACACAUAAAAACUGUUCACAAGGCUCACAAACCAUAUUCUUGUGAAAAUUGUGACAAAGCUUUCUCCCGCUCCAGCCAUCUUCAAGAUCACAGGGCGGUUCAUACCAAAGAAAGGAAGUUUCAAUGUUCUUUUUGUCAAAAACGUUUUUCAUUUUUGUCAACAAUGAAAUCCCACGAACUGAUACACACCGAAAGACAAGAGUUUAAAUGUGAUCAUUGUCUGAAAUCGUUUAAGAGGAAGAAAACAUUAAAAGUACAUUUGCUUAAUGUUCAUAAAAUCCGGGAAUUUAUUCCGGGAUAAAAUUUGCGUCAACACACAGAUAUUAACGCACUUAAUAGAAAACAAAACCAUGUGGGAAGGGUGCGUCUUGGAAUAGUUUGGUGUCUUUCUCACCAUCUGUGAUGAUGUACUAGUCGUUUGUUUUUUCUCCUCUUUUGCAAAAAAUAUUUUAAUUCUUGUAUCUUUCAGAAA